AGAAAAGGAUGCAGGGAAUUCUCCUGUUUACACAUGUGUCUGUAACACUGAGCCGACGGAGCAGCCCAGCCAGCCCAGAGGGCAUUAAGUCUGUGGUCAUUUGCUACAGGAGCAACAGAAAACUAAUAUACCACCUUUGUUGUUGUUUAGUUGGCCUGAAAAGAUAAACAUGAAUUUAGAUUCCAUUCAUCGGUUAAUUGAGGAAACACACAUCUUCGGGAUGCAGCAGUCGGGGGUUAGAUCACCGUGCAACCUGGCGGCACCUGCCCCGUCCCCCGGGGGCCCCGGUAGCUCCUGUCCGUCUCCUCUCGGGCAGCAGUCUCCAGCCGCUCCCAGUGGCCGUGCUCCCGCCUGGAGCACCAGCGAGUGGGAUAUCGGCGCCGAGCUCCGCCUGCGGGAGCUGGAGGAGGUCAAGGCCCGCGCCGCUCAGAUGGAGAAGACCAUGCGGUGGUGGUCGGACUGCACCGCUAACUGGCGAGAAAAGUGGAGUAAAGUUCGAGCCGAAAGGAACAGCGCCAGGGAGGAAGGCAGGCAACUCAGAAUCAAGUUAGACAUGGCCGUGAAGGAACUGAGUGCUCUGAAAAAGAAGCGGCCUUUGCCGCAUCCGGCGGACGCCGCCCAGGACCGGAAGCUGCCCGGUUUCCCGGAAGCGGCCCGUCCACACAGAGACCCAUUGCAAAUUGGUCCCAAAACGUGUGAGUCCGUCAGAGAGUGUUUGGGAAAAAGAGAAUUUCCCACCAAGGAGAACGCAAAUAGUAAGGAAGGAAGUUUGAUUAUUGACCCAUUAAAAUUAAGUGAGGAGAUGAAACUCAGUCUAGACUGUCCUGAUUUAUUCAAGAAUGGCGGUUCUGAAAAUUGUACAGUGAGACCUGGAUUAAGACUGCAGGCAAUAAAUCUGCCUCUGGAGAAUGAAGUGCCUGAAAUUUCAGCUUUGCAGGGGCAUUUGGAAGAUUUCCAAAAAGUCAUAUGGAAAGAAAGGGAAAUGCGCUUAUCUUUGGAAAAAGAGAUAGAACGACUGGAGUCGGCUUUGUCUGUGUGGAAAUGGAAGUAUGAAGAACUGAAAGAAUCAAAGGCAAAAAGUCUGAAACAGUUUGACAUUCUUCAUGGUCAACAUAAAAAUGAAAUGGAAGAAGUAUCAGGACUUGUAAGGGAAGAAUCAAAAUCUCCAAACAGCAAUGACAGAGUGGCCUAUGAGCUAGAGAGAUUGCAGGCUGAACAUACAUCUGAGUGGGACAAGAGGGAGCUACUUGAAAAGGACAAACAAGGCCUGGAGAGAGAAAAUAGAAGGCUGAAGGUCCGGGUGAAAGAAAUGGAAGAGCUCCUGCACGGGAGAGAUAGAUUCGGUGAGAGCUCCGAAGGUCCUGAUUCCAAGACACCAGGAGUUGAACUACAGGAGAAAAACAAGGAACUCUUGGACCUUCAGCAUGCUUACUGCAAGCUAAGCAGACAGUACCAGGCAAAGACAGCAGAACUGACUCACGCCAACAACCUCGUGGAUCAAAAUGAAGCCAAAGUGAAACAACUGAGACUUCAAGUAGAAGAACUAAAAUGGGGACUCAACCAAAAAGAAGACAAGCUUGAUGAUUUCCUGAAUCAGAUCCAUAAGCUCCAGAGAUCUUUGAAUGAACAGAAAGAAACAAAUGAAAACUUGGAAAUUAAACUCAGGCACUUACAAAAUCGCGACUUCUAAAGACAAGAGACAUGGCCUUGAAUUCAAGGAAUUCUGCGUAGAAGUACUGAUGCUGAAGCUGAAGCUGCAAUACUUUGGCCACCUGAUGCGAACUGCUGACUCAUUAGGAAAGACCCUGAUGCUGGCAAAGACUGAGGCAGGAGAAGAGGGUGACCGAGGAUGAGAUGAUUAGAUAAUAUCAUUGACUCACAGGACAUGAGUUUGAGCAAACUCCAGGAAAUAGUGAGAGACAGGGAAACCUGCUGCAGUCCAUGGGGUCACAAAGAGUCGAACACAACUUGACAAAUGAACAGCAAGUAGAAUUCAACCAUCUAAUCUCAAUAUCAACCGUGUGUUUGUUUUCCCCAUUUCAAAAAGGAUGAAACUGAGGAAAAGAGAGCUUAAGUAAUUUCCUUAUUAAGUACAAAACUGGGAUUCACAUUCAGGCAGCCAGACUCUGGAGUCCAUACCCAGGUAUAUAAUGUCUGUUCUAUACAACCUCUCUCUGGACACACACAAACACUCUUAGAAUUAUGCAUAUAAUAAAAAUAUAUCUAUAUGCUAAUUAUAUGAUUACAUAAUAUAACCACAAUUAUAUCUAUGUAGAUUUGACCCUGCUUUUUAUCCAAAAUUAUUUUUAAAUAUUUUGCUAUUUAACAU